GUUCAUCGCGGCGAACGACCCCACCACCCGAAUUCAUACCUCCCGGUCUCCAUCUCAGCAAUCAUGGCUUUCCCCCAGUCCCUGUUCCGGUGGGUUGUUCCUGGCGCCAUCGCUUCCUACGUUGCCUCGGCCUCCCUCUACGACGUCAAAGGUGGAACGCGCGCUGUCAUCUUCGAUCGGUUAUCAGGUGUUAAGGAAGAGGUGGUCAGUGAGGGCACACAUUUCUUGGUUCCGUGGCUACAGCGGGCCAUUGUGUACGAUGUGAGGACAAGACCGAGGAACAUUUCGACAACAACGGGAAGCAAGGACUUGCAAAUGGUCACCCUGACGCUGAGGGUGCUACACCGUCCUGAAGUCAAGCUUCUACCCAAGAUUUACCAGAACCUCGGCCAAGAUUACGAUGAGCGUGUUCUCCCUUCUAUCGGAAACGAAGUUCUCAAGGCUAUCGUUGCCCAGUUUGAUGCUGCCGAGUUGAUCACCCAGCGUGAGGCCGUCUCCAACCGUAUCCGUACCGACUUGCUUAAGCGCGCCAACGAGUUCAACAUUCAGCUCGAGGACGUCUCCAUCACCCACAUGACUUUCGGAAAAGAGUUCACAAAAGCUGUCGAGGAAAAGCAGAUUGCACAGCAAGAGGCCGAGCGCGCGCGUUUCGUGGUUGAGAAGGCCGAGCAGGAGAGGCAAGCAAGCGUCAUCCGCGCCGAGGGUGAAGCCGAGGCUGCAGACACUAUCAGCAAGGCGGUGGCUAAGAGUGGUGACGGUUUGAUCAUGAUCCGAAGGAUCGAGACACAGAAGGAUAUUGCGCAGUUGUUGGCCAGGAAUCCUAACGUCUCGUAUCUGCCAUCUGGUGCGGGCGGCGAGGGCGGAAAGAGCGGCGGCAACUUCCUCUUGGGCUUGAGGAACUAAAACAUCAUCUGGCGAUGAGGGGAUGCAUCCCCAGGAAACAACGCAGAUGCCCAUGAGUUUCGGCGUGCUGUAU